AGCCAAGCUGGCAGCACUGGCGUAAAGCUCGAAUACAAUUCAAAAUAAAUUAAAUCGAAACCUAAUGCCCUGCACCCCAAACCAAAAUGCUCUCCAAUCUCCUAGUGACCCAGCAAAAGGUGGUCCUGAUAAUCGACGAGCUAAAUCGGGAGCGCCUCGCGCCGAAGUUCAUCGAUGGCCUGUUGCAUGAGCAGGGUCAGGAAGCAGACACCAUCAAGGCCUUGCCCACGGGCGCCAAUCUGAAGCACGUGUCCAGCUUCGAUGCCCUGAUCACCGAGUGCGCCAACAACAGUGUCACCGGCACCACAACCCAGCCGGGAGACGAGCAAGCAGUGGGUUCUCCGGCUGUCAAACCCACCGGAUACAACGUCAUCCUGCCUACCCUGGCCGACCUACUCUGCUACCAGCCGCCUGCCUUUAUCUUCGGUUUCCUGAAUCGCCUGCGUCGCUCCGAAGGGGUCCACCGCGUCUUUCUGUGGGCCUCUCCGAAGCACUUGCAGCACCCCGAUGCCACCUAUAUCUUGGCCGGUUGCGAAUACAUUGCCGAGCUGGUGCUGCGCCUGGAAACGGAGACGCUUCUAUCACUAAUCUCUCGAAAGCCCGGCGGCGGCGUCACCAACAAACGCUACUCCUGCAAAGUGACCAAAAACGAGUUUCACGUAACGCCUCUGGACGGUGGGACGGCCGCAGCAGCACCCCAAUUGUCUGCCGAGGAGGAGCAGACCCCCGAGCCGGUCGUUAACAGCACCUUUAAGAUAGAGCUAGACGAGGACGAAGUGGUGGCCCGCAACGCCCUCACUUUGCCCUACGAACGCGCCAGUGAACCGUCCGAGGGAAACAUUAUCUACACCCCUGAUGCCGAUGACGACUUUGAUGAGGAGGACCCUGACGAGGACCUGUGCAUCUAGGCAGUCGUCAGCCAAGAGCAGUCGGCGGCCGAACGGCAGUACAAACGUAGGGCUUUAAGUCAACUUAGGUCUAACCUCAAAAGCGAUACCUGGACGUCCAGCACACUCCCCCCACCCAAACUCCCCCUAAUGCAAAUCAAUUGGAAUCUGUCGAAGAUCGAUCACAUCUCUAGUACAUGUAGAAUUGCUCAUUUAUUUUUUGGAUAACUUGAUAUGUGAAAUAAACGCGAGAAAUCGAAGAAGAA